AUGCUAAUUACGCCAUUUCAUAACAUAAACAUACUGCAUUUGUUCGAACAGGUUCCUGUCAUGGUUGACUUAAUUGAGGUCUUGUCUCUGCUUCUGGCAGCAAAUGAAUUUGAGACUAGGGCACUCUAUUACACACCACAAGACAUUACGGAGUUUCCUAUAUUCCAACCGCAAAAUCAAAAUUCACAAACACCUCAUUUUGUAUUUUCAUCCAUAUUUAACCCUUCUAUCGGAAAUGUUACUCCAACUUCCUUGCCGUUUCCAACUCAAUUCAGUGCAUCAAGACAUAACUCAUCUGGUGUUGGUGGCUCUUCUAACCCAUCCUCUCAGACUCCUAUACAAUCUAGUCCAAAUUCGCAAUAUUCCGAUUUUGCCAACCCUCGUGGAUUAGAUGCUAUCGACCUCAAUGAUGAUGAUAUUGAAGUUCGGAGGCAAGAUAGUAUUCAACACUGGCAUUGGGAAGAGGAUGAGAUGUUGAUCAGUGCGUGGUUAAAUGUUUCAACUGACCUUGUAGUUGGUACCGAUCAAAAGGGAGAAACAUUUUGGAGUCGAAUUCAUAGCUACUGUGUAGAAUUUUGCACCGACAUGACAAGGGGGUUCACUUUUGAGAGGCAUUGGAACAUGCUUCGGUUGGAGCAAAAAUGGAGAAGCCAACUACCUACACAGAGUGGCGGCUCAAAGAGAAUCAAGGUUAGUGCAACUGGAGCAUACUCAUCCUCAUCAAACCCAGAAACACCGUUGGCUGACGAACCCGGUGUGGACUCUCCCGUUCGCCCACAAGGAUCAAAGAAGAGCAAGCGAAGAGGUAAGGGAAAAGCACAGAUGUCUGAAGAUUUUAGCGAAAGAAAAUCAUCGGUUGUCAAAAAAUUAUCUCUCAUGGAAGAUAUUAAGAAUGUUAGAGAAAAGGAACUAAUGGAAAGGGAAAAAGAAAGAGAAGAGGAGAAGGAACAUAGAGCAAAGAUGAUGGCAAUCAAAGAGAAGGAGUUACAAAUUCAAGCGGCAAUGAAAGAACAAAAAUUACAAACUCAGAGGUAUAUUAAAGAAAUGGAGAUAAAAGCAAAAGAAAGGGAAAUGGAUAUGCAAAUACUUAAUGCUGACACGUCUACAAUGAGUGAGAAACGACGAGCUCUUCAUGAGAUUGCAUGUGAGAAAAUAAUGGCCAAGUGGUUUACUUAA